AUGGAGAAGAGCAGCACGCCGUUGAUUCUUCCCCUCACUGAACGUGCCUUAAGCCACGCAGCCCAUGUACUCAGAAAGUGCUCAUCCAUUCGUCGCGCACACGUCGAGGAAGCCACGGUAGGUUCCUAUUGCCAGUAUCCCGUCCUGCUCGAAAAUUUGCUAACCGGAAACGCAGAUGAGGGUUCGCUUCCGCCUGUUUUCAAGGUUUGGGUGGAUGUUACCAUGGAGAACUUGCUUGAUCAAGAAGAUACGGACAGGAACUUGCAGAUUACCGUGCUUGACAAUGGGCCAAAGGUGGUCUCUCUGGGGACUUUGCUCUCCGACGGCGGAAAGACUCGGGAAAUUCGGGGGACGUAUCUUCUUGCAAACCUCCUUGAGGAACUUCACCUGACCAAGGGGAAACGCGCAUCAAAGGUGAUUCACUUUAGCGAUGUCUCCGAAGACCCAGUGUCUCGUAUAAACCGUAAGAUCAAGGAACAAUACUGGAGCAAUUUGACCAGACGGCUGGAUGAGUCGAUGAUCGAGGCUGCCGCGCCAGAUCCCAAGGACUGGAAUGAGAACCCACGACCACGGAUUUACGUUCCAUACGGCGAAGAGAGACUUUAUAACUAUUACUGCAAAGUUUCGGAGAGCAAACCCCAAUUGAAACUUCAAGUUCAAUAUCUCCCUCAGGGAGAAGUUACAGGUGAAUUUGUCCAUUCCCUCCGGGACCGGCCUGGCUUGCUUGCGCUUGAAAUGGACUAUUCGGACCCGGAGAAACCGCGAGGACUGCAGUUUGUUGUCCCUGGUGGCCGGUUUAACGAAUGCUAUUAUUGGGACAGUUAUUUUUCGUGCCUCGGUCUCCUAGAAGCGGGAAGGAUUGACCUGGCGAAAGACAUUCUCAGGAACUUUAUAUUCGAAGUGAAGAAUUACGGCAAAAUUCCAAAUGCAAAUAGAUCUUACUACCUCUGCAGAUCGCAACCUCCGUUCCUUACAGAUCUCGCGGUGCGAAUUUUCCAAGCCCUCGACAACAAAUAUGAGGCGGAUGAGAUUUUGAAGGCCGGAAUUCUAGCUGCGAUCAAAGAGUACUUCACUGUUUGGAUGUCUGAGCCGCGGUACGACUCUGCCACAGGGCUCUCGCGGUUCAGGCCCCCUGGUGCAGGUAUUCCCUUAGAAGUCGAAGAGGGGCAUUUUGAUGCGGUCCUUUACAAAUAUGCCGAAAAGUACGGCUGCACAAUCCCCGAGUUUAUCAACAAAUAUAAUGCUGGGAACUGGAAUGAGCCUGAACUUGAUCAAUACUUUAUGCAUGAUAGAGGGGUAAGAGAAUCAGGACAUGACACAUCGUACCGAUUCGACCAAGGCUGUGCAGACCUCGCUACUGUGGACCUGAACUGUCUUCUAUACAAGUAUGAAACUGACCUAGCCUGGGCUAUCGAAACUGUCUUCAACGAUAAUCUUCCCGUCCCAGCCGAAUGGCAGGUACCAGGCAUGAGUGGCCAGAUCGAGACGUCUUCAUCCUGGUUUCAACGUGCCCAAAAACGUCGGGAACGUACAAAUGAAUACCUCUGGAAUCCAGAAAAAGGCAUGUACUUCGACUUCAACACUAGAACCCACCAGCCCACCACGUAUGAAUAUGUAACAACCCUCUACCCGCUUUGGUGCGGCAUUGCCAGUCCUGAACAAGCUGAAUCUCUCGUUACCAAAGCACUACCCAAAUUUGAAUGCGUCGGCGGCUUGAGUACAAGUACUGAGAAGUCGCGGGGCCUAGUUAGCAUGCCUCACCGGCCUCCGAAGCAAUGGGAUUUCCCCUUCGGAUGGGCGCCGCAUCAGAUACUGGCCUGGGAUGGACUGAAGCGAUAUGGAUACACUCAUGAGAUGGAGAGGUUGGCGUAUCGCUGGCUGCAGCUCAUGGUCAGGGUUGCAGUAAAUUACCAUGGAGCUAUUGUGGAGAAGUAUGAUGUGACGCAACUAGAUAACCCGAGCCAGGUAAAUGCGGAGUAUGGGAAUCAGGGACUAGAUUUUAAAUAUGCGAAUGUUGAAGGGUUCGGUUGGAGCAAUGCCAGCUUCUCUUACGGGCUGUCACUCAUCAAGCACCAAAAAAUUAUGGUGAAAGCGCUGAGCCUUUGUGUCCCGUACGAUGAUUUGCGGAUGGAGACCGUCCAUCGUUGA